AUGAAUUCUUACAAAUUAGAUAUUUUACUUCUAAUCACAUUUUGUCAACGUACCACGGUCACCUGCGAGUUUCGAACAACUCAACUAAGACUGGACGGUGACCUGGUGUUAGGGGGAUUAUUCCCCAUGCACGAGGCAUUAGGAGGAAAUAAUAGACCAUGUGGAUCCAUCAAGGAAGAGAAGGGUAUUCAAAGGUUAGAAGCCAUGCUUUACGCUUUAGACAAUAUCAACCGAGAUGCACAUCUAUUACCUAAUAUUACCCUAGGAACAUUCAUUUUGGACACCUGUUCCCUCGAUACUCACGCACUGGAGCAAAGUAUGGAGUUCGUAAAGGCAUCUUUGACCCCCUUGGACGAUUCUCAGUACCGGUGUGAAGACGGGCGCAAGCCCCUGUGGAACCCUCAGAAGCCUGUUGUUGGGGUCAUAGGAGCAGCUUCUAGUUCUGUGUCGGUGAUGGUUGCAAAUAUUCUACGGUUGUUUAAGAUUCCACAAAUAAGCUAUGCUUCUACCAGCACUGAACUCAGCGAUAAGACUAGGUUUGACUACUUUUCCCGAGUGGUUCCACCUGAUAAUCUGCAGGCUCAAGCCAUGGUGGACAUCAUCAACAAGUUAGGUUGGAAUUAUGUUUCCACGGUUGCUGUUGACGGAGACUACGGGGAAAAAGGUAUAGAAUAUUUCAAGAUGCUAGCUCGGAGAUCAGGAAUAUGUAUUGCUGUGUCCGAAAAGAUUUCUCGAAACUCAAAACCAGAAGAAUUUAUAAGAAUCAUUGAGAACUUAAGUUCCAAGGUUCGUGCUCGUGGAGUAGUAUUGUUCGUGGAUGAAGACAACUGCAGAAAACUCCUAGCGGCCACAAUUGAAGUAAACAUGAUGGGGCAUUUUCUAUGGAUAGGAAGUGACAGUUGGGGAGCUAAAGCACAUCCUGUCAGAAACCAAGAAGUUGUGGCAGAGGGCGCUAUUACAAUUUUACCAAAGAGAAAUGAAAUAACGAACUUUAACAAAUACUUCAAGUCCCUAAGGCCUGAAAGUAAUACGAGAAAUCCAUGGUUUAAGCCAUUCUGGGAACAGCGCUUCAAUUGCAAGUUUGAUAACGACAAUACUGAUACAUCUCAUUGUACAGGAGCUGAAACUUUGAAUAAGUAUGAGCAGGAGGGAUUGGUGCCAUUUGUGGUUGAUGCUGUGUACGCCAUGGCGCAUGCGUUGCACAACAUGAUAAAAGAUCGUUGUGAGUCUUUCUUGAAAUGCGAUGAAAUAUAUCCAGCCCCUACCGGAAAGGAACUAUUAACAUACAUUCGAAAUGUUUCAUUUAAAAGUAAAGUCACCCUUAACCUGGAUCUUGUUCGGUGGAAAGGCAACGAUAAUGUAGUUCCCAUGUCCAAUUGCAGUGACCACUGUCCACUCGGUCACAUCCAACAGUUCCAGCAAUAUUCCUGUUGUUGGAUGUGCAUUGCCUGUCGAGAGGAUGAGUACAUAUUCAACAACGAGUGUUCCUACUGUCCCGAGGGUUACCUACCGUGUCAAAAUAAAACCAGCUGCAUCAAAGUUCCUCUUGAGUUCAUGACCUGGGACAGCCCCUGGACUAUUAUUCCAGCGGCUUUUGCGGCGUUGGGAAUUUUCUGCACAAUUUUUACAUUCAGUGUUUUUCUGUAUUUUAGUAAAACUCCAAUCAUUAUGGCAUCUGGACGAGAGUUGUGUUACAUGCUCCUUUUAGGUCUAGUACUUAGUUAUUGCAUGAGUUUCAUAAUCCUGGCCAAACCAACUGUUGUCAUCUGUACGUUGAUGAGAAUAGGUUUAGGAUUAUGUCUCAGUCUCUGCUACUCUGCUAUUUUAACUAAAACAAAUCGAAUCUCGCGAAUAUUUAACCAGGGUAUUCGUAGUAUCAAAAGGCCUAGCUACACCACUCCAGGAUCCCAGAUAUUCAUUUGUCUCGGAUUUGUAUCGGUGCAGUUAGUAUUCACCAUAGCUUGGCUUAUAGUGGAGCCUCCGAAGCUACGAGAGACUUAUCCGACGAGGACCUCAGCUGUUCUACAGUGUGGCAUCUCCAGCAUUUCAAUGAUCGUAUCUCUCAUUUACAACAUGGUGUUGAUAGUACUGUGCACAGUCUACGCUUUCAAAACGCGACAAAUUCCCGAGAAUUUCAACGAGGCCAAGUACAUCGGUUUCACUAUGUAUUCCACGUGCAUCGUGUGGUUGGCUUUCAUACCAAUCUACUUCAGCACAAAUAACGACUUCAAGGUCCAAGUCUCUAGUCUGUGCAUCUGUAUUAGUAUCAGUGCUACUGUGACCUUAGGCUGUCUCUUUAUACCCAAGGUUUACAUUUGUCUCUACCAACCUUACAAAAACGUUAGGCCAGUUGGAAAGCAAAGUACCACGUCUGGAUCAUACUGUCAUAGUAUGCGGUUUACAAAAUCAGGUGCCAGUGCUGCCUUAGCCUCCAUUGCUACUGCAGCAGUUAUAGGUGCCACUAGACCAGCAACAGACUCAUCAGACUUCCGGUCAACAACUAACGACGAAAUGUCUCCCAGCUUAGAUGAAAGCAGUUUAAGUUAA